AUCUGGCCCUAGCCUUGCGGAGCUCACAAUUUAUUCUACUCGAGACAUCUGAACAUUCAUCUCGAAGCGUCAACAUCGUGGUCUUGCAGUCGAGAGGCUCGAAAAUCGCUUAUGCAUCCGUUCAACCCCUUGCAGAUCCCCGCGCCUGCACAGACAUGCACGCCCAGCAACCGCAGCUUGGACCCUUGCUGCAUCAUCAACCAAAUGUCGUCUCAGCCGUUGCUCCCUACUCCAUGGCCAACCAUCCCUGAAAAGACAGCAUCUCCGUACAAUCCCUUUGCCGCACAAAACACUCCCAUUGCUGUGGCAGAGCCACUACUCACACUCGUCAAUUCCUCUCCUCAAUUGCGCGAACCUUUGACAGUUGCGCUUCGUCUUGCAUAGCCAUGGACGCAAGAGGGGGAAGAAGGGAGGACAGCACAGCCCAGGCUGACUCCUCCGUUGUCCAAAAUUUCGCCACUGACCUCGACUCCAUGUUCGGCCUCAGUCACGGCAUCGCUACCCUGUCGCAAACCGUGGAGGAGAAAAAGGCGAGUGUGAGCUCAGGGCAAUCCGAGCUCGAGGCACUGGAAGCCAGACUGCGCGAGACAGAGGACAGGCUGCGGAAAGUGUCGAGGGGCAGCUCGCCGGCUCGACAAGCUGAUGCCGGCGCUGCGACCUCCACUACUGCGGCGAAGCAGACCUCACCUCUCACGCAUAGGCCUGCGUACCCGGACGGGAGACCUCCGAGUGCUAGCAAGAGACAGCAGGCCGGAGCGAACCGAGCAGAUUCGAUUGUGGACGAUAUGAGGGAGACGGCUCAAGCACAUGCCUAUAAUGGAAGAGAUGAAUAUGUCAUGGUGGACCGGGGGUAUGGACAAUCGAGAUAGAGAGCAGCGUCGCGUGCGCCGAGAUGGUUCGCUUCAGCUGCGUUGACUUGGUGUCAUCUAAUACGACGGCCAGGCUGACCAAGACGAAGCGAAGCAUGCUUUGCAGAUGAACUCGCGUCGUGAGCCUCAGAGAGCAGUUAUACGUAUUUGCCCUUCUGUCCUUGAACUUCGAUCCUUCCGUUGAUCGUCGAUUGAUUGGUGGCAGUAAGCUUGAGAGUUCGAUGUCCUGCCUUGCCGUAUCUCGGAUACCUCACCAAGAUCGCUUUUCCAAUGGAGUAGAUGGCCC